GAAGCCUUGAACUCACCGGUACAUUCCGCCAAGCAUUGUAAUACCACCCAUACACUCAGAUCUAACAGGAAAACUGCUUCUUUUAGAGAGAAUAACUGUACCUAAACGUGAAGUACGAAGAACAAAGAGCAAAAGUACAGCAGACCACGUCAGCGCUCGGGAUCCCGGUGUUUUUUCAUCCCCCCCACCAUCUGAUCUGCACGGUCAUGAUUCGGAGCCGACAGCCCUCAAGAGCCCCAGUUGUGCUUCUCAUCAUCUUCUUCAGCCUUACGAUUAAGACCACAAAGUCCAGCCCUUUGACUGGAAAUAUUGAGGGUGAUCAAUAUGGGCCCCCCUCUUCUGAACUUAAACAGGCUCAGUUUCAGUCCACUCAAACAAUAAAUGAUCAGCAAGUGCCAUCAAAUGAAGAGGAAGAGGAACUUUUCGAAGAUAUUGACCCCAAAACCCUAGCAGCAGUCCUCCUGAAGGCCAUCAACAAGCCUCAGGAGGAGGUAAUAAGUAAAGAAGACAAGUCCAGAGAAAUGAAGCACAAAGAAGAAGAGGAAAGGGAGAUUCAGGGGGCUGAUAGAGACAGAGAUGGGCAUCAGGAGCUGGAAAUGAUCAUGGCAACUGCUGAGGCUCAGGGUAGAGGAGAAAGAGAGGAUGAUGAAGAAAGAAAGAGAGAAGAGGAAGAAGAAGAACGGCUCACUGAAAAGGUGACAAGUCACACUACUAGUCAAACGAUACCAGUAAAAGUACAGGAGGUAGUCACAAAGGAAGUGGUAAACAAGGAGGGGCAGCAAGAAGAGAGAGGCACAGAUCAGGACAAUGAGGAACAGAUAAAUUCAGAAGAGUUAAAGAAUCUAGAGACCAUGCUAGAAGAGUUUCAGAGCUACAGCACAACCAGAAAACGAGAGCGUGAUUCCUCAUUCAGUGAAAGAGAGAGCCGAGGUGAUUACUUUGACUUCCUGGACCGGAAUGGUCUCAUGAACAAUGAGAUCAAGCCCAAACCCAAGGGCUACGACCUGGCCGAGCCCAAGAAGAAGCUUAAGUGGCAGCAGGAGCUGGAAAAGGACAAGAAUCGGCCAUUGUCUAAAGGAGGAAACUUUAUGGAUGAUAAUCUUGAGGAUCAACAACAAGAUAAUGGAGAGGAGGAUGAGGAAUUGUUGAGUCCUGAAGAGGAGGAAGCCAGGGCAAAGGCUGAGCAGGAGGAGGUGCGUAGACAGGCAGCUGAAGCCCAGAGAGCCAAAGCAGAGGAAGAGAAGUUGGCAGAUAUUGCAUCAGACAUGAUAUUGCAAUACAUGGUCAAGCAGGAUGGAAAGAAGUACAAGGACAAUAAUGCAGCAGAAGAUAAACGCUCAGAGGAAGAGGGCACCAAUGAUGAUGAUCUUGAUCCACAAACUAUUGACAAGUUGAUUGAGAUCUCCAGUAAGCUGCACCUGCCUGCUGAUGAUGUUGUAGAUAUAAUCAGUGAUGUGGAAAAGAAAAAGAAAAAAGAUGCUCCUGAAAAUCUGCAAUGGCAACGGCCUCUUAUAGUUCCUUCAGCACCUGCUGUGCCAUCUACAUCCUCAAGAACGACACCAUCCUCAAAGCCUCCUAAACCUAACACAACACCACUGAAAACAUGGUUCAUGGAAAGAGCUUCCAUUAAACCCAAUAAGCAGGACUUUUGGAUCAAGCAACAGCAGCCCUUUUGGACCUAUCCCUCCUAUCGGUUUUACCAGAAGCCAUACAGUCCUUAUUACCCCAUUUACAUGCCACCUCCCAAGCCUAAACAACGCUACUUUGCCAAGCCCUCGUUCUCUCUUAAUGAAAUUCUGGGUAAUUCAUUGGACUAUGACUUUAAUUACCCUCUCAAACAAAAAUACCGUCCCUGGACAAAAACUCGCUCCAGGGCACCUCCGAUCUACUGGCGGAAUCUCUACUAUCCCAACUAUAUUGUCCCUCCUCCACGGACUUUUCAAGCUGCACCCAUGCCCAAACCCUGGUCAGCCCUGCGUCAACGACCAGCUUACUAUUACUCGCCCCCAGCUUCUGUAGUUACCAGACAGGAGGACUAUUACAAUCAGGUGCAGCAGCCACAGCAUGCCAGUGAUGAGGGGCUUGAUAACUUUAUUGAGAAGGUUCUUCUGAAACACCCUCGUAUGUUUCAGUGAAAAUGAUGUAAUGAAAAAGUAAGAGAAAAAGACUUUGAGCAAGAAGGAAACAACUAAAAGACUGUU